AUAAGAUAAAUGAAAGUUGAAAUGAGUGAUUAAAAUUUCAGUCUUGUUCCAGUUUUAUAUCAUUAUGCUAAUCGUGAGAAUCCUUUAAAAUUGACAAAUGACGGCGUUCCGUUUUUGGUAAUUUCCAAAUCCAUCUACGUUCGCCGCCAGGCACUCAUUAGAACGUGUGAUAGUUCAUAUUUAGAAGAGCAGAAAAUUGUUUUAAUAUAAACAGUACUAAUUAAAUAUAAUUAGAGUCGAUUGGCGACGUCUGGCGAACUGUGGCGCAGAAAGCAUGAGGUUUUCAGUGAUAUCUGUUGUUAUAGUUUGGAUGAGUUAUAUCGUCUGCGGAUUAAAGUAUGAAUCGAAACGUUCUAAAGCAUUGAGGCUACCGCUAAACAAUAGCAACAAAGAUAGAUUUCAACUACUGAUGCUGCUUGCUUAUGGGUCAUCGCAUUACAUGAAAAAUAUCGAAUUGAACAAGGUAGACGAAAUCUCUAUAUUAACGUGGAACGUUCUAGCACCAAUUUGGGUAGAAGAAGACAAAUUGAAAAAGACUGGGAUUGUAGACAUGAAUCUUCUUGAUAUUAACAUGAGAUUGAAGCUGAUUGCUCAUGAAAUAUUAAGAAUUGAUGCUGACAUUGUUACCUUGCAAGAAACACAAGAUGACACUCACAGAAUUAUUUCCAGAGCAAUUCGUGAUGUAUAUUCAGAAAUACCUCACACAGCGCACGGAAAAGAACACUGGAAAGAAUAUGUAGAACGCAGUGAUACCUACGUGAAAAAUGGGGUAUCAACGUUUUACAAAAGGAGUAAAUUUGUGGUAUUAUCAGCGGAAGAAGUUCUUCUUUCUGAUAACAAAAAUUAUGCUUUAGGAGUGGUAUUUAGAAUGAAAAAAAUGUCACACCAAAAGGAAUCGUUGAUUGGGCCACCAAUAACCGUAAUGAAUUGUCAUUUACAACACAAUGCAGAACUAAAAGAUGCGUUGCUCAGGAGAAGACAAGUACAUCGCAUGGUAGAAUGGGUAACAAAACAAUACAAUGAACAUGAGAAAAAUUUACACGGUAAACCAUUGACAUUUUUGUCCGGAGAUUUUAACACGGAUACAGGAUAUCCGGCAUGGCAAUACCUUACUUCCCUAGGAUAUGUCGACGCAAAAACCGCCCUGAAUGUACCGGACAACAUAUUAAGCCUUUUUUAUGCAACUCCACAUGUGUCAAAAGUUUUGAAUCGAACUUUCGACGGGAUAUUUCUCGAUCGAGUAUUUGCAAGGAAAGAUGAUAUCAAAAGUGGCCGUGUAGACUUUAAAUCCCUCACUAUUCCAAAUAUACUGGCCGGGGACAGGGAAGAAGCAGAACAUCAUUUGAGAGCGUUGGAUAUUUUGUUCAAAAAUUUAGGAGAUGAAAAAGCUAAUUUCCGGAAGGAUGUCACUAGUUUUUUGAAGUUGAUGUCAUCUCGGUCUGAUGGCUCCGAGUAUAAUCAAUAUUUAAACCGAGCGCUUCGUUCGGGUUCUGACCACCUUCCAGUGACAGUUACAUUUAAUUUGAAAAAUUAGUUUCACACCGUUGAUACUUCACCUAAAUUACAAUGUUUUGUGCUCAUUGACGCUCUCAGCCUUAAAACACAACACCUUCAAUACAUUCCCGUCUUUCGAAUAAAAUUGUUCUCUAAAUUUAUUUUUCAAGUAUAC